AUGCUGCAGCUGCUGCUGUUCCUGCUGCAGUUGCUGCUGCUGCUGCUGCUGCUAGCAGCAGCAGCAGCAGAGUCUGCAGCGAACGGCUCCCAACAACUGCUCUUAGCAGCAGCUGCAGCAGCAGCUGCAGCAGCAACCAGACCAGCCGCGCAAGUGCCGCAUCAGCAACUCCAGCAGCAGCUGCAGCAGCAACUGCAGCAGCAACUGCAGCAGCAGCAGCAACUGGAAAAGCUGCAGCAGCAACUGCAGCAGCAACUGCAGCAGCGAGUUGUGCAUAGGCAAAAUCCAGAGCCUGCUGCACCAAACACUCCGCCGGGUUCUCUCCUGCAGCAGCAGCAGCAGCAGCAGCAGCAGCAGCAGCAGCAGAAGGAGCAGCAGCAGCAGCAGGAGGAGCAGCAGCAGCAGGAGGAGGAGCAGCAGCAGGAGCAGCAGCAGCAGCAGGAGAAAUAG